CAUUCGGAAACCAACCAGCAAGAGACUAGCUAAUUACUAUUAUGUACUACUUGGCUAAUAGCACCACAAUAUACUAUCAUGUGAGCCAUAAUGGUAAAAUUCUAACAACGGAUUAAAAUUAUAAUAACUGAAGUUUAGUGACUUAAAUAUAAAUUAUACUUUAAAAAAAAAAGGAAAUAUUUAUCUUCAAACUAAUCACAGCUAUUUAAACGCUAAAAGUAUAUUUUUAACCCACCAUUCGUUCUAAAAUUAUUCAACUAAUCUCUCUUCUCUGUGUAAAUUUUUUUUUUUGAAGAUUAUUUUGUGUUUUUGUUGGUUCCAUGGCAGAUCAUUCACGGGCUACAUCUCAUGAAUUUUGCAGCAGUUUUGGCUUUGGAAGUGUUUGUAAAGCUUGUAAAUCCUUCGUCUCUAUUUUAUCUCCUAAGAAAACACAUCAAAAUCCCAAAUCCAAUAUCUUGGAGGAUCAUCAUCAAAAGGCUAAUGUAAAGCAAAGUAGCGUUGAUGAAGCCAUUGAUGAUAUUGAAGUUGGAUACAAGCACAAUGAAGGAUCCAAAGGAGGAAGACUUAAUAAUAAACACCAAAACAAUGGAGGUUAUUACUAUACAAGUUCUCCCACUUCAAGUCCUCCUGGUUCAAGAAGCACUAGCCCUUCUAGACUCUCCAGGACAAUUUCUCGAAUUUUUCGGACCACAAGCGUAAAAAAUCACAACCUUGUUCAUUCCAAUAAUGGCAAUGGUGGUGGUGGUGGUGGUGGCGGCGGCAGCGGACCGGCAUUAGGGAGCACACUAUCGCGUAGUGUCAGUCGUAUGCAUGAUAGCCAUCAUGUUGACAUGACUGCUCAUAUAGCCCAGAAAUCCUUUUCGCGGAGCGUGAGCCAACUGAAUGGUGGUGUGGAAGCACCCACAGCCUCAACAACAUUGCCAGCCACUUUCUCAGGUAACGCGAGCCGGAGGAGCUCAACUCCAAUAAUGUUUUCCAACUCGUCUGGAUUGGUAAAACCACCAGCCACGGAAGAGACACUCGAGUGCACCCUAGAUGAGUUGUGCUUUGGGUGUGUUAAGAAGAUGAAAGUCACAAGAGUUGCAAAUACAGAUAACGGGCUAACAGAAGAAGAAGAAGAACUAACAAUCAACCUGAAGCCAGGAUGGACAAAGGGGACAAAGAUAACGUUUGAAGGCAAGGGUAAUGAGAGGCCAGGCAUUUCCCCAGCAGAUGUAAUCUUCGUGAUAGCAGAGAAACGACACCCUCUAUUCAGGAGAGACGGCAACAAUUUGGAGUUGGCAGUAGAAAUCCCAUUGGUAAAAGCUCUUACAGGUUGCACUAUUUCCAUAAAUUUGUUGGGUGGGGAGAAAAUGAGUUUAACAGUUGAUGAUAUUAUAUGUCCUGGUUAUGAAAAGAUUAUAGCAGGACAAGGGAUGCCUAAGUCCAAAGAGAACGGGAACAGAGGGAACUUGAUUGUCACUUUCUUGGUAGCAUUUCCAACUGAACUCACUGAGGAACAAAGGUCUGAUGUAGUCACUAUUUUACAAGAUUGUUGUUGAGGGAACUAAUUUGGUCAUUUUAUCUACUUGAUCCAUUGUUUUCU